GGAAGUUAUGUUGCUCACAAGACGCUGAUAUGAUGCUCGCUUUGUAAACGUUGUUUCUAUCUUCGAUUUUUUACAUUUAUAUUUAGCAACUACUUCAGCUUUUCAAAGUCGUUAUUUAAUUACCCUGGCGAAUAAUGACUCGACAUGGGAAGAAUUGCACGGCAGGAGCAGUUUAUACCUACCACGAGAAAAGGAAGGACACUGCGGCAUCGGGUUACGGAACUCAAAGUGUGCGUUUGGGAAAGGAUGCAAUCAAGGACUUUGACUGUUGCUGCCUUUCUCUUCAGACUUGUAGGGACCCCGUUGUUACGCCGGACGGGUACUUGUAUGAAAAACAGGCUAUUCUGGAAUACAUACUCCACCAGAAAAAAGAAAUCGCCAAAAAAAUGAAGGCCUACGAGAAGCAGAAACAGACUCAGAAGAGUGACAGCCGUCUGGAGUCCAGAUCAGAGGAGAGGGGGAUAGCUGAGAGGUUUAAGACCAGGGAAAACAGCAUUGUGUCUAAACCCAUCAACCCGUUUACCUCUGCUAUUUCUUCAGGCCUAGCCAAAGAGUCAGACAGCCAUAGUGCUGUGGGGGCAUCAGCCGGUACGUCCAAAGCUGACUCCAGUGAUCCUGCCGCUGGCCCCAGCUCUGCCCAAACCCUUCCCAGCUUCUGGAUCCCCAGUCUUACACCCGAGGCCAAGCCCACCGUGCUCAAAAAGCCUAGCAAGACAGUGGUGUGUCCAAUGUCUGGGCGGCCCCUGAAGAUGAAUGAGCUGAUCCCUGUGUGCUUCACUCCCCUUGACCCCAGUCUGGAUCGCGUGGCCCUGCUCGCACGCCAGGAGAGGUACCUGUGUGCUGUAACUAAAGACGUUCUGGGCAACAGCGUCCCCUGCGCCGUUCUCAGGCCCUCCGGCGCCGUGGUCACUCAGGAGUGUGUGGAGAAGCUGAUUAGGAAAGAUAUGACUGACCCACUGACCGGCGACAAACUCAAAGAGACUGACAUCAUCCCACUGCAACGGGGCGGAACUGGGUUUGCAGGCUCUGGAGUUACACUGAAAGCUAAAGAAGCCCGGCCUGUUAUGAUGGUGUGAAAUUUGUAGAGUGCCGGUAAAGGUGGAUAUAGUGGGGUUAAUGGUGGAGGGAAAGUAUAAAUGGAUUAAUUUGUACAUAUGAUUGUGUAUUCCUUGUAUGGAGUCUGAGAAGUCAAUUUUUAGUAUUAAGUUACAGAUUUUAUUUCUUUGCAAAACAUUCAAACAAAAUAAAGAACUUUCACAUAGA